AUCUAUUUUACACAACCAUUUCACCAGUGCGCCAAUUGCACAUGCGUUUGCAAUGAAGAAUACACCGAAUUGGCAGUGAUUAGUGCAACAAUCGCUGUGUAAGACAGAGCACAACCACGGAUUUCUGUCGUAGAUGCAGAAAAUGGAUGCGUUCGGUUUGCUUGCUACGCCACACACCAGCAGCUGCCAAUAGUGUGUGGUUGCGUGAAUGAAAAUUCAAGUGAUUCUGUUUCGAAGGUGUUUCUGUGCCAGGAAGAACGCACCGAAUGCAAUUGCGGGCCAGUGAAUGAUAGUAACGUAUCGUGAAAAGUGUUGCAAGCGAGUGAUAAAAUUGAAGCGCUUCCGUCCCUGUUCUGGGUUCCGUUUCGCUGUGCGUGUGUGUUUACUGUUUCGUGUUCGCCCUGUGUACCGCGUGCCGUACUGUACCACUUUUUAUCAGUCUAGUCAAGAAAUCGCCACCGGAAAGUGGAUGAGCUCUGUUUGUUUAUGUUGCGGCAACAGGGAACAGGCUACUUGGAUGUAUUGUUUUUAACGAAUCAAACCGUGAAGACUUGCGCACCGGAGGUGUACGUACCAUUUUCGAGAGCUUCCCCCACCAGCCUAAUGGGGGCGCAUCGGCAACGUAUCCAAAUUGAAUAAAACCGUUCACGUAAAACUGAGCUCUAUUUGAUUACGUGCCUAGUAAAAAUCGUGCUGACAAGUGCGAAACAUUUCACACACAAGCAACGUGAAGGGACAUUCCAGCAAGGAGUCUUCCACUACUGCCGUCCGGGGGCCCAAAAAUAGACCCUCAGCGAGGGUAAAAGAACGUAAACAGUGUUGUGGAAUCGGCAGCAGCAGCAACAGCAGAGGGUAGAUUCGUACCGUGUGCGUUAGGCUAUCCUUGCUUCUCUAGGGGUGGUUCUUGUUUGCUACCCUUAUUGGUAAGCACUGUUUUUGAAGCGCUUUUGCGUACACACCACACACGGGGUGUAGUUUUGCUGUGAACACAGCAAAGAAACGGUGCGACCCUCUUGCCGCGGGUCGCAUUCGGAUUCAGGACUCAAGUUCGUUUUGCGCAUCAAAUCGCUUCCUGGGACGAUUAGUCUGUGUCCCUAGUGCCAAGCGCCAAGGGUGGUGGACCGAAAAACGAAGUGAAGCUGGAAAACAGGGAGCAAGGUAAAAGCCACCUUAUGCUGCCUUGCGCCUGAGAAUACGUGCGCAUGUGUGCGGUUAAAGGUGUGUGCGCAUGGUGGCUAGUGUACUUGCGCUAUCAAUUAUCAUGUUCAACCGAUGCGCCGGUUAAAAUUGUCUCUAAAGUAGGCUAAAGAAAGGUUAUGCAAACGUGAUCCUCUCUUGGGACAGUGCGCUCCAGUGAUGUGUGGCCUUCUCUGUUUGUGUAUGUGUGUGCGCGUAUGUGUUGGUGAAUAAGCAAACGAGAAGGAAGGGAAAACAGGAAGGGCCCUUUACACGUGCGAUCAAAUCCUAGUGGCGGAGACAAAGUGAAUGAAAGAGAGAAAGAGAAGGACUGCGAGGCGCUUAGAGGGGAGAUAGCAAUACAAAAGCACCCUUAUGCUUGACAUCACCACCCUAGAGUGACGGUGUAUUAUUGCAUUUGCCUAGGUGCAGGAUAAAUUGCUCGCCUGGUUCGAAUGUGGAUAAAAGAGAAGGGAGGGAACAAUAAAAACGGGAAACGAGUGAAAACAUAAGGGGCGCCUCUCGACCGUGCACCACUCCGAGAGCAUCGAGCGUGAGCGGAAACAAAACAUCUGCCGUGGAAAUAAUUAUUAAACACACGGCAUAUGCCAAGAAGCAAGGCGAGACAAUAGACAAGGAUAACACGAACGCACUAACACACGCACACAUCAACGUGUGCGAGGGAGAACGAAGAAGGUUGCUGUUUCGUCGGCGCGCCAUCCCGUCGAUAGAGAAGUUUCGGAAGUGGGAUCUCCUAUCUACUGAGGACCCUGCGGAUCGUCAUCCCGCGUACCAGGGGGACAGGAUCAGGUCCUGUUUGCAUGUGUAUGCGUGCAGCAAGGAUUGCAGAUAUAUCCUCUUUGUGCGUUUCGUGUACGUGUCUGUGCUGCUCUACUUGAGAGUUGAUUGAACUUUUGCAUACUUUGGUGCGGUUGAAAUAAACAAGGACAUCCCUUGGCAGCACUAUCAACCAUGUCUGGAACAAUGGACACCUCGGAUGAUGAUAAUUCGGAGCAUUCGCAGGGAGACAAGUCCGUAAAAUCUCGCUGGACUAAACACGAGGAUGCCGCCCUCAAACAGCUUGUGGAACAGUACGGUGAACGGUGGGAUAUCAUCUCCAAGUUGCUGAAGGAUCGUACCGACGUCCAAUGUCAGCAACGCUGGACGAAAGUAGUGAAUCCAGAUCUGAUAAAGGGUCCCUGGACGAAGGAGGAGGACGACAAAGUGGUCGCCUUGGUCACAAAGUAUGGUCCUAAGAAGUGGACACUCAUCGCACGGCAUCUGCGCGGACGCAUUGGCAAGCAGUGCCGCGAACGAUGGCACAACCAUCUCAAUCCGAACAUUAAAAAGACCGCCUGGACCGACGAGGAGGAUCAAAUGAUCUACGAAGCGCACAAACAGUACGGUAACCAAUGGGCAAAGAUCGCCAAGCUACUUCCGGGCCGGACGGACAAUGCGAUCAAAAACCAUUGGAACUCGACGAUGCGUCGUAAGUACGAAGGCUCAGAUGCGACCCGCCGCCGUGUGAAGCUUAUCUCAACGUCACAGGCCCACCAACCACACCAACUGCUGCACCACGACUAUCAGCAGCAAUCAGUAGGCCCAAACGUCGAUAUGGAAAUGGAGGGUGGUGAAAAGAAACCGAAAUCGUUGCGCUAUCCACCACACGAAAGUUUGCAAAACAUCAUACGCAACAGUCGCAAAAAGUCCUCGAUUGAUGAGCAUAAGUUUAAGGAUGAAAUACCACUCGAGGAGGUACAGAUCGAUGGCAAGGUGGCCGUAUCGACGGAGCAGGGUGAUUUCCUAAUUCGCCCACUGCCGGAUCGGGAAAAGCAGUAUAUCAUCGAACCAGUCUAUCCGACGCGACUAAAUAUGAAGUUCCUCAGCGAGAGUAAUGUGACGAAUAAUAACAACAUUACUGAGGGAACGCAGACAGCCGGAGCAGGUGGGUAUCCGAUGGCGAUCGGUGGCCAGCAAUAUCUUCCCGCUCACAUCGAUCUGCAUGAGCUGAUUAAUGCGACGCGAAACGAGGACAGUGGCGUGGUGGAGCAGUCGGAACGGAAGGGACGCCAUACUACACCGAACAUUCUGCGAAGAAAACGCAAAUUGAAAGAUGAUCAAGAAUUGCACGAACUACUGUCGAUGCAGGAGCACUAUGCCGUACAACAAGGUACGAUUGGUAAUGGGGGAAGCGGUGCACAGGGCAAUAUUCACACCACCGGCCAGGACGCUAACGGUUAUCAUCGUGUUGGUGCGGAGAAAAUGCACUUGUUGUCACCGUCCAUUACACCGAUCAAACCGCUACCUUUCUCACCGAGCCAGUUCUUAAACUCUCCCAGCCUGAACGUAUCCUUCGAUCAGCUUCCCGCCAGUACGCCCGUCAAACGAGCUACAGUUAAACAGAACGACACUAGUCUAUUAAGCACGCCAGUACCAGUAAAAGAUGUAUCGGAAAAGGUGGAAUUGAAACAGGAACCCGAGAAAAGCGCAGGAGAAACUGAAGAUGAUGCUAAGAUUAAAACACCGCUAAAGGAAGCCGGAAAGGCACCGGUUGUCGAACCACGCACUCCGACUCCGUUCAAGAAUGCGAUGGCGGAACUAGGAAAGCGGCGCUCGGAAAUCUAUGUUCCACCGAGUCCCGCUCGCAUAGGCGAGGACAUUGCGGAAAUCAUGAACCAGGAACAGGCGAAGGAAAACUCGGCCGAAAAUUCGUCAACGCUGGCAAGCGGUAGCGACGUAUCGUUGGACAAUAAAACUGUCGUCAACAACAACGUUCCACCUGUGUCAGUUGACGCGAAGGAAAACAAUGUGCCGGCGCAAAGUGGUCAGCUUUCACCGCGAAUUGCGAAGAAACCGUCAACUUCGUCCAUGUUGACAAAUCAGUGGGAAAACUCCGACAUGAGCUUUUUCGCCGAAACACCGAGUAAAUCCCUUAUUUCGGACUCGGGCGUGACCCUUUCGCCGUCAUUACGCGAUCAACUGUUACUGGAUGGCGAUGCAAAGGAUUCUAACAAGUCUAACAUAAAUUCACCGGUGCUCGUCGAUCCAAAGUGGGAGAAGUAUGCGUGCGGCAAAACACGCGAUCAUAUGAUCGUUUCGCAGCAAGCACACGGUUGCUUGAAAAAGACAUCGCUUCAGCCGCGAUCGUUGAACUUUUACAAAUAGAUGGUGCAACAUGCUGCUAGCUCGAAACACGGCCCGACACCAGGUCGCGCACGUGUUCUCCCUUAUUUUUUUGUGCAAAAGCUAUCAAUUUAAAUGGGUAGGAUCGGUGCUCUUGAACCACUAGCGAAGUAAGACAGCAAAGCAUGUGCGUUAGGUGUAACGAUUUGAAGCAUUAUUUUGAGUAAGCAAACUAAGUAAGGUAAAAUAUGUUCAACAAUCUCUAGCAUAUACGGAUCGCGGAAUGUACGCAUACCCAUAUGGGUUGCAACUGGAACGCAUUCUCCCACUGGCAACUUUCAGCAAAAAUGUGACAUCGCUCUUACGUAAGCUCCCAGUUAGAAUUUUCGUAGAGGCACACAAAAGUAGAAUUGUAAGCGUUCCAAACUAACCAAAAACCUCACCUCUAGAUAAGAAGCUAACUAACAUUUUUCGCCGUACAGCAAAAUGUUCGUAUGGGGAAAGAAAAACAUUAAUUAUUGCACAUAACAUAUUUUGAAGCAUUUUUAUAUACACAUAUAUUUUGUCGCUUCUUUCUUUAUGCUCACUUGCAUAAUGAAAAGGCACCUUAGAGAUUCCUUAAACAAAAAAGGGGGUGUCAUGAUCGAAGAGUUACUCUCGUAGCUUUAUUCUGAUUAACUUGUUUGGACAGAAAAUUUGAAACAGAUCGAUAAAUUUAAGUUUAACACACUAAGGAAGGUAAUUUUUGUUAUGACUUUUGUAUGUAAAAUCGUUUUUCCUUCAUUCUCUUUGGUUGUUUCAUGUACACACGUUUCGUAGGGUUGAAACUAUCUUUUGGAGAACAUUUAUUUCUUUUUUAAUUCGCAUUAUUUACAACCAUUUGACGACCGCAGUGAACAGUUCUAUUUUUACAAUGUUUAACACACACACACACAUAGCAACGCGUAUGUUCAAACGACAGAAAAAUGUUUUAAAAAUGUUAAGCAUGGUAAGUUCUCAGAUGAGUCAUAAGGAUGAUGGAAAGAUACGUUAUAUAGUUGAGAACAUAUAAAUUAUAGAAGCGAUACAUGCGAAACAAAAACACCCGGUCAAAAGAAGUAGAUAUUUUUGAUAAAUGUAUCUUAUAGUUGCUCAUAUACAGUAAUAACGUGUAUACGUAUGCAAGUUUAUUUAAUACAAUAUUGGUAAAGUGUUGUAUCAGGGCAAUUUUUUUUCUUUUUUGAUGUAAUUUAAAGUAAGACGAGGGAAAGAAAUAAAGUAAUUGCAUAAUCAAAC